AUGAAGUCGACAUUGGUAUUUCUUGGCCAAGUGGUCGCGAUCUUCGCGCGGUCGCAGUUUGCAGGCGUGAACAUUGCUGGGUUCGACUUCGGGGCAGACAUCCAGGGCGCACAUAAUAUUAGCAACUCCCAAGGUCCAGUUGUGACCCUCGGCGAAGGCCACAGCGAUGGUGGUGCCCAGAUGGUCCAUUUCUCCCAGAAUGACGGGCUCAACACGUUCAGAUUGCCGGUGACAUGGCAGUUCCUAAUCAACAGCCGGAACCUGAACGGUUCAGCGACUGCAGCAACCGGCGGAAGCUCAAACGGGACGCUUGACCGGGUCAACGCGGCGGCGUACAACCAGCUCGUCAGAGCCUGUCUGGAUACGGGCUCUUCCUGCAUUGUCGAUAUUCACAACUACGCCCGUUUCGAAGGGCAGGUCAUCGGCCAAGGCGGGCCCAGCAAUGCGCAGUUCGCAAACCUGUGGUCCAGAUCGCCACCAUGGUAA